GGGAAGUAUAGUGAUAGGAAAGUCGCUAUUGUCUUCUACAAGGGUGCAAAUUCACCGUUGACUGCAGAUGUGACACCGCAAGAGCAUGCACACAAAGCUUGCCACAGACUUCACUCCUGACAUGACUUUUGUAGGCCGAAAAUGUCGCUUCUUGCUCAGCACAGAAGCUAAUGCAACACGUUCCCGAAAUGCAUAUUGCUGAAUCUGCAAUAUCUAUGGGGCAUAUGGAGUAUGGAUUUCACUUCUCUCUACAUGCAAUUUACACAGCUAUUGAGACUUUUCCAUGUGCAGCAGAGGUGAAGAAACACAGAACACAUAAGAAUGCAAGGACACAGAGUCCCACCACCGAUGCUCAGGCAAAGGGGGACGUCACAAGGACAACGGCCGGUUUUUAGCCUAGAUCUGAAAGAUGCCCACCAAGAAAUGGCUCCCGCUGGCCAUCCUUUUCAAGCUCACUCUGCUGACAGACUUCCUGCUUGGUCAGAAGAAUCCUUGUGAAAAUGGUUUCUGUCGCCAUCCUGUUGGAGACCUACUUGUGGGUCGCGGUGACAGCCUAACAGCUUCAUCCACAUGCGGACUGUUUGAGCCUCAAAAAUACUGCAUUAUCGGCUACCUGGAGGAUGAGCAGAAAUGUUUCACCUGUGAUUCCAGAUACCCGUAUAAUCCAGUCUUCCAGGCCGAGAGUCACUUAAUUGAAAAUGUUAUCACAACUUUUGAGCCAGAUCGGAAGAAGUGGUGGCAGUCUGAAAACGGUGUUGACCAUGUCAGCAUCAGGCUGGAUUUAGAAAAUCUGUUUCAGUUCAGCCACCUUAUCCUGACUUUCAAGACAUUCCGGCCUGCAGCAAUGUUGGUGGAGCGCUCCACAGAUUAUGGUCAAACCUGGAAAGUGUUUAGAUAUUUUGCGCAAGACUGUGCUACUUCUUUCCCUGAUAUUCCUUCGAGGCCAGCCACCACUGUUGGAGAUGUUGUUUGUGACUCAAGAUAUUCAGAUAUCGAGCCAUCCACUGAAGGGGAGGUUGUUUUUAAAGCUCUGGAUCCCAGCUUUGAAAUAGAAGAUCCCUACGCCCCAUACAUCCAAGAGCUUAUUACCUUAACAAACCUGAGAAUAAACUUUACUAAGCUUCACACUCUUGGAGAUACUUUACUCGGACAAAAGCGGCGUGAUCCUCUGGAAAAAUACUACUAUGCGCUUUACGAGAUGAUAGUUCGCGGAAGCUGUUUUUGCAAUGGUCACGCCAGCUACUGUGGCCCAGUGCAAAAUCUGAGGGGUGAUGUUUUCCAUGAGCCUGGAAUGGUCCAUGGGAGCUGCCUCUGCGAGCACAACACAGACGGCUUGUCCUGUGAGAGGUGCAAAGAUUUCUACAACGAUGCUCCCUGGAGGCCAGCAGAAGGAUCGCAGGAAAAUGCUUGCCAAAAGUGUGAGUGCAAUGGUCAUUCUGAAAGCUGCCACUUUGAUAUGGCUGUGUACCUUUCUAAUAACCGCAUCAGUGGUGGGGUAUGCGAAGAUUGUCAGCAUAAUACCAUGGGGCAGCACUGUGAUCGCUGCAAGCUUUUCUUUUAUCAAGACCCAGAGAGGACAAUUUCGGACCCUCGUGCAUGUAUCCCUUGUGAAUGUGACCCUGAAGGUACAUUGUACAAUGGGCUGUGUGAGGAUCGUACAGACCCAUUUCUUGGAACCACUGCUGGCCAAUGCCACUGCAAGGAAAACGUCGAAGGAGUUCAUUGCGACAAGUGCAAGCCAAACUACUAUGGGCUGAGUGGAAGUGAUCCUCUGGGCUGUCAGCCCUGCAGCUGCAACCCUUCAGGAAGCUUGUCUUUCUCUGCUUGCGACCCAGUGACUGGAGAGUGUCUGUGCCAGCGGUUUGCCACUGGGCAACAUUGCGAGGAAUGCCCUCAAGGAUACUGGGGCCUUGGGAGCAAUCUACACGGAUGUUCCCCCUGUGGCUGUGACAUUGGCGGUGCCCACAAUAACUUGUGCGCACCUACUAACGGUCAGUGUGAGUGCCUUCCGAACAUCGUGGGCCGUCAGUGUUCUGAGCCAGCUCCAGGCUACUUCUUCUUACCUUUGGACUAUUAUAUAUAUGAAGCCGAAGACUCAAUGCCACUCCCAGGAUCUUCACCUUUGGUUCAGCCCACAGCUUUACCAUGGUGUGAUGUCUAUUUUCGGCAACAAGGUUAUGAUUUCAAAAUUGAAAAUGGAAAGAUCGUAUUGAACAGAAACAAGAAACGAGGCAUAAGAAAAGCAGCCGUUGGACAGGAUUCAAUUCUGUUUGGCAGGAACCCUGCUCUGGAUGUUGUUAUUAGAGAGUCUGUUGCUGGAAAACCUGUGACAUGGUCAGGGCCGGGUUUUGUACGAGUUCGGAAUGGAGCGGGGUUAAGAUUUACCGUCAACAACAUCCCUUUCCUGAUGGAUUUUAAUAUCAUCAUUCGCUAUGAGCCAGAGACUUUAGAAGACUGGAUAGCAAGCAUUGCUGUAAAGACUUCAGGUUCUAGAGGAAGCGAACACUGCGGGAAAACAGCGGCCCUGCAAGAGCCACACUCACUUGCUCUACCAUAUACAUCAAGAAUGGAGCUGCUACCUGCUGCUGCAUGCUUCGAACCAGGAACAGAAUAUUUUGUAGAUGUCUAUUUUUCCAAGUCUUCUGCCUCUGAUCCAGGGACCCGGUCAUCCAUAUUGGUUGAUUCACUUGGACUUAUUCCUAGAAUCAGUUCAGUGGAAAACUUUUGCGACAAAUCUGAUUUAGAAGAGUACCAGCAGUAUCACUGCAUUGAAAUAGCUUCAGAAAUUGGACCGCAUAUCCUACCAGAAGCAUGUGAAAAACUAAUAGCAAGCCUGUCUGCCCGUAUUCACAAUGGAGCAGUUUCCUGCAGGUGCCAUCCACAAGGGUCAAUGAACUCUAACUGCGAGAAACUUGGAGGUCAAUGUCAAUGCAAACCGAAUGUCAUGGGGCGCUGUUGUGAUAAAUGCUCAGCCGGAAGCCAUAGUUUUGGGUCUCAAGGUUGUCUUUCAUGUGACUGCCAUCCUCAAGGAUCCGUGAGUGCUCUGUGUGACCAGGUGACAGGGCAGUGUUCAUGCCGGCCAGAAACAGAUGGCCGACGGUGCAGUCAAUGCCUGGCUGGGUACUUUGGAUUUCCCCAUUGUCGGCCUUGCCCUUGCAAUGGCUUUGCGGAACUGUGUGACGCUCAGACUGGAGCAUGCUUGGACUGCAGAGGGUUUACAGCUGGAGCCAACUGUGAAAGAUGUGUAGAUGGUUAUUAUGGAAACCCUCUCAAAGGAGAGCCGUGUCGUCCAUGCAUGUGCCCAGACGCUCCAACAAGCAGUAGGUACUUUGCCCAUUCCUGUUACCAAGAUCCUUGGACUUUGCUAUUAGUCUGCAACUGUCUUGUGGGCUAUUCAGGUGAUCGGUGUGAUGAAUGCCCCGGUGGGUUCUACAGGAAUCCAAAUGCAGUAGCCAGCCAAUGUCUUCCAUGCUCCUGUAAUAAUAACAUUGAUGUGGCAGAUCCAGACUCCUGCAACAAGGACACUGGGGAGUGUUUGAAAUGCUUGCACAACACCCAUGGACCAAGCUGCGAGUUCUGUAAACCAGGUUACUUUGGAUCAGCACUCCUUCAAAACUGUAGAAAAUGUGACUGCAACCCUUUGGGUGUGGACCCAGUGAAAUGCCCAUCUGGAAAUGGCUUUUGCCUGUGUGAUCAGAUGACGGGAAUAUGCCCUUGCUUGCCUCAUGUGGUAGGCACCAAGUGUGAUCAGUGCGCUGCUGGCUACUGGAACAUGAUCCAGGGAACCGGAUGUCGCAUCUGUGACUGCAAUCCAAGACAUUCCCAGAACAACUUAUGUGAUCAGCUCACAGGUCAAUGUCCGUGUAAAGUGGGCUAUACUGGAAGACGUUGCGACGCAUGCGAUGAAAAUUAUUUUGGUGAUUCUCAAAUCCAUUGUUUCUCGUGUAAGUGUAGCACGGACGGCACUCUGACACCCGGGUGUGAUAAAGACACUGGAGCCUGCAACUGCCGUGUUGGGGUCACUGGAAGAUUCUGUGACCAAUGUGCUCGGGGCUACAUCCAGGAAUUCCCUUCCUGCCGCCGCUGCCACGUUUGUUUUGAUCAGUGGGAUAACGCCAUUACUUCCCUGUCUCAGAAAAUCCAAAAAUUAAUGAGGUUUGCCGCAAUGCUGGGAGAUAAGAGACAGACAAUGCCUGGCUGUGAUGUAGACCUCAAAGGCCAUGAAGAUACAAUUUCUGAAAUAGAAAGAAUCCUAAAAAACCCCACCCUCUUGCCAGAGGUGCUGUUGAGCAUGAAGAAGGAGCAUGGCUACAUUCGACAAAAGGUUUCGGAAAUGUAUCAGCAACCUGACUUUCUGGACCAGUUCCCUGACCUCAACAGUAUGAUAGAAGGCAUUAGGAAAGAUGCUGACCAUCUGUCUGAAACCCUGCAAAAGAUGUCUGAGCUGCAUCAAAGGAAUAAUUACAUGCACCUCCAAGAUUCCCUCAACAAAAUAAAUAACUAUUACCAAAUAAUGUUGUCGGCCGGAGAGAGAAUCAGUGGCUCAAAGUCUGUCCUAACACAUGGAGGAAAAACCAGGAGUAAUACAUUUCGCAUGUUAGAUGAUUUAGUUUCAAAAGAAAGUGCUGCAUUGGGGCAGCUGAAGUUGUUCAACACUUCAGAUAUUCAACAUCUAAAUGAAAAGAUAUGUGGAUUACCAGGAAACUUCCCUUGCGGUGUAUCAGAUUGUGGUGGGGCUUUAUGCCGAGAUAGCCAGGGAAACAGACAUUGUGGCGGCCCAAACUGUAAUGGAGCACUCCCUCUUUCUACAAAUGCUAUCAGAGAAGGACGUCAGACAGUCCUGUUGUUAAAUAACUUGACCAACCAAAUGCAAGGAUCUGAAGAGAAGAUUGAAAGCAUAAGGAAAAUGACUGGGGAUACCAAAAAGAAAGCCUCGCUGAUGGCUGAAGAGCUGGAGAAAAAUAAAGAUCAAAUAGAAAGGGAAAGAGAAAACAUCAAAGAGCUCAUCAAGAGAUUGAAGAACUUUCUCUUAGAGGAGAGUGCCCCACCAGAAGACAUAGAGAAAGUUGCAAACUAUGUCCUGGGCCUCCAGUUGCCAGGGUCUCCCCAAGAGCUAAGCAUGGUGCUCGACAAACUCAAGAGCCUCAUGGCACACUGUGAGGUCUCCCCGACAGAGGUGAAUGGGUUAAGUAAGCAAAUGGAAGAGGCACAGGGACUAUUGGCAAAAGCACAAGAAGCUGAGAAAGUAGCAAAAGGUCUCCCAACACCUGAUGAAUUGCUAAGCAGCUUGAAAGACAUUGAAAACAUUCAACGGCAAACCAGAGAUGACUUUGCAAAGUUAAAUGGAACAAUAGAAGAAACCAAAACAAAAAUCGCAAAGGCUGCGAACCAAAUGAACAAGACGGAUGAUGAAUUAGUGGACUUUUCAGAAAAGCAGUCAGAGCUGGAAGAUGAAAUCGCUUCCUUGAAGACAAAAUUGCAGAUGAGCAGGGGCCAAGUCACCAAUGCUAAAUCGGAGGCCGAAAAAAGCACAGAAUCAAGCUGUAGCGACUAAUAAGGAAUUUGCUAAUCUUAAAAAAGAAUAUGCCGGUUUACAAGAAAAGCUCAAAGCCAAAGGCCUUCCUUUGGAAACCUUAGAGAAACUGAAUCGGUUGAGAAAU